AUCCAUCCAUCUAUCCAUCUACCCAUCCAUCCAUCCAUCUAUCCAUCAUCCAGAUGAAUAAUGAAGUCCCUCCUGCGUACUUCCCCCAACCCCCCGGAGGCCCCUCAGCCCCCGGCUACCCUGCAGGGUUCAGCUCUCAGCCGGCAGCCUUCCCCGGAGCGCCAUACCAGACCUACCCUCAGGCCUACACAGGUGGAGGAGACCACUACCCCUUCCCAGCACAAUCGGGACCCCCAGGACCCCCGGGACCCCUGGGACCCUACCUGAAUCAGCCCGGGUACCAAGGGUACCAAGGGUACCAGAGGGAGCAGCCAAAAACCACAGUGUUUGUGGCUGAUCCGAAUCAUGGCAUCAACCGUGGCGGUGACUCUAAGGGCUCGUGUCUGGCGGGCUGUUUAGCCGCUAUGUGCUGCUGCUUUCUCUUGGACAUCUUCUAAAAACCUCUGGCCCUCUGCAGCCAUCAACACAUCAAGAAAUAUGUUUUAAUUUGGGGAGAAGAACCUGUUUUAUAUCUUAUAUCUGUCUGUUUCUGUGUUUGAAUGUUACUUCACUGUUGUGAUGAUUCUCACUGGCAAUUUCCACUGGAUGCGGAACGUCUCCGGAACGUCGACGAACACAGCACAGAGCUGUUCCCCCUUUUCUCCUCUGGAUGGAAACUAACUGGUGGUGGUUUUGUGGUUCUAUUCUACCUGAAUUCACGAACGACCACAAUUCGAAAACUUAUGGGUCCUCGUGACUACAGCUGUUAGUCGUGGCCACAGCCGUUCCGCAACUAAUCCGGACCCGGUGGGUAUUGACGGACGGCGGAGCACGCAGCAGACACGCAGCGGAGCCGGUCCGCAGCCGUUACGCAUCUGGUGGAAAUCCCCAGUCAUGACGUCACAUCUGAUUUUAUGGGAAUGAGAGAAAUAAAAAUAUGAAGAUAAAAUAA